CUAACUCCACAUUCCUCCUCUGCGUCCGUCUCUCUGACUCCUGGAGCAGAAACGUCUGGACGGAGAGGAAGAGCUUAGGAAGUGGACUUCUUGGCAUCUCUACACCCAGAGGAUCACUGAAUGUUUUGGAUUUCAGGGGUUUGAACCUGAACUGAACGCCGGAGUCUUCCUCACUCCUCUUCGCUGCCAUGGUCUUUCUGCUGGUUUCUCUGACUGUGCUGCAUUUGGUCACCUUGGCCUUGCUUCUCAUCGCCACGCUGGAGAAGUCGUGGUGGGUUUGGGCUGAAUCGGAGAUCACUGACCUCUGGUACAACUGCUUCCACGAUAAUGCAACCAAAACCUGGCUGUGUGCCACCACCAGCGAAAGCGACUGGCUGCAGUCCGUCCAGGCCCUCAUGAUCCUCUCGGUGGUCUUCUCCUCCAUCUCCUUCCUGGUGUUCCUGGCUCAGCUCUUCACCAUGUCCAGAGGAGGCCUCUUCUACUUCACAGGCCUCUGCCAGGCCUUCGCAGGUUUCACGGACUUCGCAGCCUGCCUCAUCUUCACCUUCCACAGAAAAGAGAUCCUGAACGACUCCAGAGACCUGAGCAGAGGACGCUUCGGGUACUGCUUCAUCCUGGCCUGGCUGUGCGUGCCCCUCCUCCUGGUGAGCGGCGUGCUCUACGUCCACUUACGGAAGAAGCAGUGAGACGCGCCACAACGGGAGAAGCAGGAACGGGAAACGCCUUCCGCCAAAACCGAGAGAGUGAAAGACGCCUUUAAUUCACACGCUUGUGUUUUUCCCUCCGACUCGGUUUCCACCCUUCAGUAGUUUGUGAGACAUGAAAUCAUCCCGCCGGCAUGCGGCUCCGACAAACACUUCAUUGUGACACAUCGAGACAACUCCAGCUAAUAAGAGCUCACUUGUACUGAAGGAUCAAAAUCUCAUAUCCAAGUGUUACAUGAAGGACUCAAACAGCAGAUAAUAAACACGUCUCUAUGUUUACUCACCGACUCAGAUCACUGUGUGGAGCUCAAAUCAUCUGUUUGUGUAUCCAGAACUGUAAACGUGUUUGCUUUUUUUUUUUUUUUUAAAGGCAAAACUGUAAGUGGUUUUAUGAGAUGUUUGACUUUCAGGAGAUAAUAAAAGACGUUG